AUGGCCACCAGUAACGUUGAACUAACAUAUUUCGCUCAACUGCCACCGGAACAAGAGAACGAUGAUGCAUCUACUUCCAAUAUUUUUACGGGUUUUUUUGGAAAGUUUUUCAAGUCAUCGUCAGGAACAGUAUUGGAAGAGGAUAACGGCUCUGAAGCUGCUGGGAUUGCAUCGUCAUCUGCAGUCAUUGGUUUAGAGAAGGACCAAGAGGAUGUGACAGUUUCUCCUGAAGUGGCAACUGAUAGGGAAGAAGGUGGCGAUGACGUUUUAGCCACAGGAGUGCGAGGGAUUCCUGGUAGACUGUCUUCACUGUUCCGGUCAAGAAAACCAUCGUUAGUAGAUUAUAACAGUAGCAGCUUUCGACGUUACUGGAUGCCAGAUUCAACUGGUAAAGAAUGCUAUGAAUGUCAGGAGCGUUUUACCGUUUUUCGGCGUAGGCACCAUUGCCGGCUCUGCGGUCAGAUAUUUUGUGCAAAGUGUUGUAGUGUACAAGUUCCAGGAUCUCUGUUAGGCUACAUGGGAGAACUUCGCGUUUGCGAGUAUUGUGCACGAGUUGUUGUAACUUAUUUACCUCAGGGACUUUCAACUUCUGAUAGCCAGCAGGGAGAGACUAAAGAAGAAUUAUCUGUUAGGGAUCAGCCUGUUAAGAACGUUGCCACCGUUUCAGCAGGCAAAAAUACUGUUCUUUAUGGAUCUACGUAUAAUUCAAAGGAAAAUGGUGGUGCUCUUACUGCAUCAAACCAACUUCCGUCUCUCCUCUCUGUUGUAGAGUUGGCAGCUCAGAAGGAAACCACAGCUAAAUUUUCACCUUUGCCACCUGCUGAGCACUAUCCGUCUAUUGACGAUUACGAACCAGAGUGGGUCAGAAGUAUUGAAAUGUCGAAUACUCCAAAAAUGCUCAAUAAACCUGAUGAAAUUAGCUCGUUACCAAGCAAUAUUUCUGGAUUUGAUGCGUUUAGUAAUAACAACUUUGAUGCAACUAUAGCGAAGAUCGAGGAUAGGUCAAAGACAUUAGUUCCUGGACUGCCUUCUUGUGUAGAUGAAGGUCCUCAGGAGGAUAUACCACUGGAAAGUGCUUUUGAGGAACGGAUUCAGAAACUGUUACUAUAUCUUUUUGAAAGAGAAAUGCUUGACCCAACAGUAUGGUGGGAUGUCAUUUGGCCAAUGAGCCGCCAGGUCGCGGCCUCUGUUAAUGUUGAUGUCGAAAAUCGUAGGGACCACAUGAAUGUGUUAAAUUACGUACAUAUUAAAAAGUUAUGGGUUGAUGAUCAAAAACCGUCUGCAGCGAUUGUUAAUGGCGUUGUGUGCUCUAAAAGCAUUACUCACGCACAUAUGCCGGACACCAUCGCAAAUGCAUCAGUACUGGCUCUCGCUGGAGGUUUGGAAUAUGAGCGGGUUGCUGAAAAACUUUCUUCCAUAGAACCAAUUGUGAUGCAGGCAGGUUUUACACAGCCUUCUAUUGUUCUGGUAGAAAACAGUGUGGCUCAGAUUGCCGUUCGCAUGCUUCUUCAAGCUGGUGUUACAUUAGUAUCAAAUCUUAAACCCCAAGUACUUCAAAGAAUUGCUCGAAGUACCUGUUCAGACGUGAUGCCAUCUCUUGACGUCCAAAUUCUUCAACAGAAAAUUGGCUUUUGUGCUUCUUUUAAGCAGCAAACAGUUCGUUUGGCGAGCGGGAAGCGAAAAACGUUGUUGAUUUUUUCUGACUGCUCAUCUGAUCUUGGAUGUUCUAUAAUUCUUCGAAGUAACUCUCGGUGGCAGCUGCGUUGUGCGAAACGCAUUCUUCGGUUUAUUAUUCUUACUUUAUAUUCUGCUCGGCUUGAAGUUCAAUUUUUUUCUUUGCUGGGAACAGUAAUUUCCAAACGCUCACGCGAUUGCAUUGUUUGUGCGCUGAACAUUAAUGAACCAGAUCCAGAUGAGAAUGGAUUUACGAAUCGUCUGAAAAAAUGUACGUUGUCUUCGUCGCCGUUUAUCGAGUUCGGUGUUCCUUUUCUAGAAACGGCUAAGGGAAGGGGGUGUGUGUUACGUCCUUAUUUCAAACAGCCUUUGUACAGACAUUUGAGUAGUGACGAUUUCAAUCGUAUGAGGAAGAGACAAGAAGACAUAGAGAUUGCUUUGAAAAAUCAAUCUUCAAAGAAAGAAACGUUUUAUAAGCACCACGACUUUGUUGAAAAUAAAACACUGUGCGCUAUUAAUGACGAUGAUGUUGCAUCAUACAGAGCUUUUUCGGGACAAAUAUUUAAACACCACGUUGAGGGAUCGACAAGUACCGAAAAAAAAAUAAGUGAGGAAGACUUCUGUUGUUAUGAAGAUGUUUUCGAUCCGCUUAUUCAUCAGCGAAUCGCAAUUCUUUUUGGUUCAUUUUCUCCAAAAUCUCCGAAUGCACCACUGUUUUGUGUUCGACCAUGGGUUGUCCAAAUGGAACAUUAUGGUAGUAAUGAUAUGACUUUAGGGGAAUUCUUGAAAAGGUUCUGUUUCAACAAAGACUAUCAAUGUCCGUCUACCAACUGUGAAGUACCCAUGCUGGACCAUGCUCGCAAAAUCGUUUACCGUCAUGUUUGUAUAGAAAUCACUACUCAGAAUUGCGUACAACCAGCAGAUGAAUCCGGGGCUUUAUCACAGUCGUGUAACUACAAAGCGGAUACAAUCAUUUGCUGGCAUUAUUGUUUGAUCUGCAAAGCGUCAUCGGCGGUUGUAUCGCUACCGGAUAUUGCGGUUCGAAUGAGUUUUGCUCGUUACAUUGACUACCUAGCAAACGGAGGAAUGGGGGCGUGUAGUAUUUCUGCUUUUUCUAAAGUGAAACCGUGCCACGUUACGUUUAGUCCUGUGGUUUGCACUGUGGAUGCCGUCAUGUUUACGAGAAAAUUUGUUGCGGACAAAGAAAGUGAGAUACGACAGACUGCGGACACUAUCUUCAAACUGAUGGAAACACGCAUUGAACGUUUUGCUCAAAAUCCUGAUUCUUCAAGAUUUUCAUCUCAUUACAUUGUAUUAAAAGAAGCUUUGAGCGAGACUCGCGCACAGUUUGACGAGAUUAUUUUGCAAUUCGAUCCAAAUAAAGAUUUGAGCAGUAAAACUCUGACGAUUCGAUCAAAUGACGCUGUAUACAUUAAGGCCGUAGACACUGAAACGCGAUGUCGAUAUUUGAUCCAGAAAUUGAUUGACUUGUGGAACGAACAGUGCCUGAGUAUUAAUCAAGCAGCUCGAUCAUUCAAGAAAGUAGUUAGCAGCAAUCUUUUAUCUAACCACGUAAACGCUUCAAAAACAUCUAGUGUAUUAGGAGAUGCACCAAAGGAUUCAAAUGCAGUUUCUUCCGACACUCUGAAAUCUUCUUCAUCUGCUGUUGCGCUAAAUGAGGUAGAACUGUCUCCAAUUGAGAGCCCAUUUCUCACUCAACUUCACCUAAGCCUUCCAGCCCCUAACCCUGGUAUGACAGUUGUUGUGAAAGACCUGAUGGAUAGAAAGGGAAACGCGCAUCCUGAUGUAGGGUCGAUAAUUGCAUAUGCUUUGUCGUCAGUUGAUUAUGAAACAAAGCGGUUACGCGACACUGAGACAGUAAGCUCUCAGGAGCACAUAGAACUCGAUUUUGGUGAUGAACGGGCUCAAUAUUUUGUCAAGGUAUAUUAUGCGGAAAGUUUUCAUAGGCUUCGUAAACUUUUGUUUGUGGAGGGGGAAGAGUGCUUUAUUCGCUCUCUGUCAGUAUCUGUCGGAUGGAAUCCUCAAGGCGGUAAAUCUGGCGCCUCAUUUUACAGAACACAGGUUUAUGGAGUAUAUCGCAUUGGUUACAAAAACAAAGUAUCGGGGAAUCAGCUUAAACUUGAUGUUUUGGUCAUGGAAUACCUCUUUUAUAAAAGGAACAUCAAGUUAGUUUGGGACUUAAAAGGUUCCCAAAGAAACAGGAUGGCUGUUGAGGGCAAAAAAACUGCAGAUUUAGUUUUACUAGAUGAGAAUCUUAUCAAAGAUUUAUGGAACAACCAGUUAUACGUACACCCGCAUUCUAAAGCUGCACUCAACAUGGCUAUUAGCAAUGACAGUCACUUUCUUUCUGCUCAGCAUGUUAUGGACUACAGUCUGCUAGUCGGAGUAGAUGAGACGAAUAGCGAAUUGGUUCUUGGGAUAGUUGACUAUAUGCGUACCUAUACUUUGGACAAAAAGUUGGAAAGUUGGGUUAAAAUUGUUGCGAUACCUGGCUCGCUUCUUCCGACCGUCAUUUCUCCUGUAAUGUACUGUACCCGAUUUUCUGAUGCAAUGGAUAUUUAUUUCCCAGUUGCUCCGGACCAGUGGACGGGUCUUGGUUCAUCAGUUUCAUAUUAA